AAGCAGGAUGGAGCAGUUUUCUUCGGCACAGGAACCAUAUGGAUGCAACAGAUCAUCCUCCUCAUCGAGUCGAAGGGCAAAGUCAAGGCAUCCUCAGGUCAGUCAAACUCUGAGCGCAUGCCCUGGAUCGAGGUGCAGGGGAGCGAGAUGGCAUUUGUCGGGGCUCCUCUGUCUUCUCCUCGCCUGCGCGUGACGCACCUGCCAUACGAGCUCAUCACAACCGGCCUCAGGCAGAAGAGGGCCAAGAUCAUUUAUGUGGCGAGGAAUCCAAAAGACGUCCUGGUGUCAUAUUACCACUUCCACCACUGUGCAGCAAUGCUGGAGACUCCUAAGGACUUCAGUGACUUCUUUGAAAGGUUUUUGGAUGGAAGAGUGUAUGGCAAUACUUGGUUUGAGCACAUCAAAACCUAUUACUCACACAGGGAUGACAUGAAAAUCUUGUAUGUAACAUAUGAGGACAUGAUUCAGAGAGCUCACCGACAGCCAGAUGCUGACGUGGUGGAGCAUGCCAAGUUCCACAACAUGAUGCAGAACCCGUGCGCUAACUACAGACAGAUACCUGAUACAGUCAUUAACCAGAAGAGGGGAUCAUUCAUGAGGAAAGGGACGAUUGGCGAUUGGAAAAACCUGUUCAGUGUUGCCCAGAGUGAGCGAUUUGAUAAGGUGUUUCAGGAGAAGAUGAGGGCGUCCCCCUUUCAUUUAAAUGGGACAUGUCCGAGGUCAUGCCAGAAGUGAUGACCUCAGGCCCUGUGGACAUGCAUUACAAUGAGGAGUUUGAAGAUCUCUGAAAUGUAAAAAUUCCUUUUGGGUGUGAACAGGACAGGCACAACAUAUAUGACAUAAUUGUUGUAUUUGUCUACCUGUUCUUAUAGGCACCAUGUUUAUAGCACCAAUGUCACUAAGUAGGUGUGAUAAUUUUAUAUACGCAAUAUCUGAUUUUUUGCAGUAUGACAUGAUCAGUGGUAAUCACAGCUGUUAUUAAAUCAAAACUAACAAUUCAAGUAUUGUUAACCUAGCAGUUGCAGCUCUUGUAAUAUUCUGUGGUUUUAGACAAACACCUGUCAUUCAACUGCUGACUACAUCACUAUUGCAUGAGACUUUACAAUCAUAAGAAUUAGAAUUGUGAUUUAACAGGCAUCUGGAUCAUUGGAGCAUUAUGUUUAUUAUUCAUUAUUAAUCAUUUGAUCUGCUCUGAUGACUUUUGCUAUCUAUCGGAUGUAAAGUAGGCUACAUAAUGGGUUUUUUUCUCCUGGCAACUGGCAUCUGCCCUCUGUUGGUGAUGUUGUAGCACUGUAACAUCAGUAUCACAAGUAGCAUUAUUCAGCCAGAGGUCUUAACAUUCUGUACCUAGCCCACUGAGGACACUAACGCACAACCCUGAUCACACUGAACAGGAUGACCUGAUCAGCCCUGGCAGAAGCAACAUCUUGUGAUGCCUUCAAUGGCCUUACAGGGUCUCUCUAGAGAAUGAAUUUACUGUACUGCUCAAGCUACCAUGGAUAACAUUGCUUUGGGCAUUAUCUAUGAUGCACAUGCUAUUAGAGUGGGCAUUCUGAUGCAUUUAUAUUUUGUAAUUGGUUUUCUAUUCAGUUUAUUUCUGUUUAGAUCCACGAUAAAGCUACCCUGGAAAUCCAGAGUUCUCGCGAGAGCACAAUGGAAUUGUCUCUGCGAGACACUCUGGCAAGGAGCAAUG